GUGUCGUAAUUGUUGUUGCAUCUCUCGCUCUUAUCAAGUUUAUGAGAAAAAUAUCUAUGAUAUAAAAAAAAACUUGGUCUCGAAUUACUCAACCGAUCAACUUGAUUGGGUCCAGAAAUUUUUUUAGAUCGGGCCGGAUUGGGCAAGUUCAUGGGUCGAACCACCUUAUUUUAAUUUCACGCCGGCCCUUCGAAACUGAAGGGGGUUGUUUUAGAAAAUUUCCUAAUCCGACCAUCGCCCGCUCCUUCGUCCUCCUCUGCACACUUCUGGUCCCCAGACUCGCCUCUGGUUGACUGACUGGUUGGUUGCAGCAUAACCCUCUUCCCUCCGGCCAUUUCUCCAGCCCGGCGACAACGCCGUGGCCGCCGCAGUUGCAACAACUUCUUCGUUUUUCAUCACGUUCCAGUGACUACCAGUAGCGGGCGAGAACGGCACAACCCUCCAAUUCGAGGAGAGGAACGCACAGGUCAAGCUUGGUUCUUUUUCUAUUGAUGACACUUUAUCGUUUCGUACUCGCAUUUAUGAUUGCUACGUGUUCUUGUAUCGAUCUGGCAGAGUUGUUUCCCCUGGCUUUCUGCUUCUUCUAUUGGUCAAUUGUAGCGUAGUAAGCGACACCAAUGGCAUUGUCAAUUGCCCAAUUCACUUUCUUCACCAGAGCAGCAUCCUCCUCCUUUCUCCACCGAACCAAUGCCCGCUUCAAUCACUUCACCUUCUCUACGCCCUUCUCCACUGCUGCUGCUACUUGCACUCGCAAAAAGAAUGGGAGACUUUCUGUCUUGUCAGCACUCGAACUGGGUGGGGUCAAGAUUGCUAGAGAUGACGUGGUGAGGGAUGAUCCAACAAACAAUGUGCCCGAUUCGAUUUUCUCGAAACUUGGUAUGCAACUCCAUAAGAGGAACCAGCAUCCGAUUGGCAUAUUGAAGAACGCGAUAUAUGAAUACUUCGACGCCAGUUACUCCACCAAGUUUGAUAAGUUUGAUGAUCUCUGCCCUCUCGUAUCUGUCAAACAGAAUUUCGAUGACGUCCUGGUUCCUGCUGAUCACAUAUCGAGGAGCUAUAAUGAUACUUACUAUGUUGAUUCGGGUACUGUUUUGAGGUGCCACACCAGUGCGCAUCAAGCAGAGUUGUUGAGGGAUGGACACACGCAUUUCCUUGUAACUGGAGAUGUUUACCGUAGAGAUUCUAUUGAUUCAACUCAUUAUCCUGUUUUUCAUCAGAUGGAAGGGUUUCGUGUGUUCUCACCCAAAGAGUGGGAAGCCUCGGCGUUGGAUGGCACAUCUUAUGCUGCCGAGGAUUUGAAGAAAUGCCUUGAGGGGCUAGCUAGACACAUUUUUGGUGCUGUGGAAAUGCGUUGGAUUGAUGCAUAUUUCCCAUUCACGAAUCCGUCUUUUGAACUUGAGAUUUACUUUCAGGAGAAGUGGAUGGAAGUAUUAGGCUGUGGGGUUACUGAACAAGAGAUUUUGAGGAACAAUGGUCAACAUGAUAGUGUUGCUUGGGCCUUUGGGCUUGGAUUGGAACGACUGGCUAUGGUUUUGUUUGACAUACCUGAUAUUCGGCUUUUCUGGACGACCGAUGAGCGGUUUACAUCUCAGUUCACUAAGGGAAAAAUGGGGAUUAAAUUCAAGCCAUUUUCAAAGUUUCCUCCAUGUUACAAAGAUAUGAGCUUUUGGAUCAAUGAAUCGUUCACGGAAAACAAUUUGUGUGAAGUUGUCAGAGGAGUGGCUGGGGAUCUUGCUGAAGAGGUGCAAUUGAUAGACAAUUUUACAAACAAGAAGGGAAUGACAAGCCAUUGCUAUAGGAUUGCGUACCGGUCCAUGGAACGGUCACUUACAGAUGAAGAAAUCAAUGAGUUGCAGAGAAAAGUGAGGGAACAAGUAGAAACAAAGCUAAAUGUUGAACUCAGAUGAGAGAUCUCUGUCUGCACCGAUGAUAUGCUUCGGGGGAAUACCAGCUCCUAGGGAAACCGGUGUUUACUAAAUCUGUGUAUCUAUCGUCACACAAAGAGAUGUAAACUCCUUGGCAGCAACACAAAAGAAGAAAUAAACAUAUAUUGGCUGCCAACAAGAUCCACUUUGUAUCUUCACAAAGUUCUGUAUUUACCAUUGAAGGAGGGGCCUGGAGGUUCGCUUUCGAUUUGUGUUGUAACGGUGCAUCUUUGAUUUAUCACUUUUGUUCUUCAGUGCCUUAUAGCAAUUCAAUAUUUAUGUUCUGUACCUUACCAUAGGUUGCUCCUUUUAAGAAUAUGAUAGAUAGUAUGCACCAUCAAGAAGUGAAAAGAAAGGAAAUAAUAACCUGAGUCUCUUGCAGAUAUGAAAACAAAUAAGAAACUUGCUCGUAGACUUCUUUUUCAGUGGCACCCAUUUCCUUGGUCCGGGUUAAGCUAUGCUCUCAAGUAGAUAGUAACAAAUUAACCGGCCACUUUCAACGGAAAACAAAAUUAAUGAAGUUUCUUCCGACACCAUCACUCAUUUUAAUCAUCACCGUCUAUUGCAUUCUUAUCGACAUGCCAAAAAGUCUUCAACUUCAUCCGCAAAGAACUCAUCAAAGAAGAAAGGAACAUUGAAGUACAACUCUUACAUCAAAUGCCAGGAACCCUAUUACCCACAUUCAACAACCGUAAAACCCCAUUCAACAAAUGGGUCAAUUCGGCAGAAGACAACCUCAAAUGGUUUGAAGUUUGAACCCUCGUACAAGGUUCCUGACUGAAAAGUCUGCAAAGCAUCCGCGCACGUGGCAUGUAACAUGUCGUGAAAUGAUAUCAUUCCGAACUCAGAUGCUUUCGUAAGUAGACCAUCAUCAUUAACUUCCAUAACAUGAAACCGGACUCCUCUCUAUGCGCUUCUAGGCUUCUUCGCCUCCACCUCGGCCACAGAGGCCAACUGUGCAUUAUCCUAUGGAAUCAUGCAGUUUCUUCACUUCGAAAUUGGAGCUCGGUAGAGGGUUGAACUCAUUAACGAGUUGAUUUCUGACUAUUAUGAAAGUUCCUCCUUGUUGAACUUGUUCCAUGCUUCCUGUUCCCAUAAAAGACAAAACAGCUAGUAAGAAACAGCAGGAGUCCAAGUUGCAGCAAGAAAUUUAUGAGCCUUGGUCUAAGACUACCACCUAGCUCCUACAGGUCUACAACAGAAGUAAUAAGAUGGUGAUCAUAGGCUUAUAGCUUUACCUAUCCACCCUUUCACGUCAAUUUUUGUUUUUUUACUUCAUUGUUCCAUUCUUAUCUGUUUGAGGUGUUGCUCUAUGUAGUAGGGUUCUUUGCUACAUGCUGGCAUAUUUUUCAUUGCUAACUUGACAUGAUUUAUCGGAUGUCCCCGAAGGGAUAACUUGACAUGAUUUAUGGAUAGAUUUCAUUAGGGCUGGGAAAAUAGACCAGACCAUUACAAAAAUCGUGGUCCAAACUGUACCGCACAGUUUGCUCCGGAUCGUAGACCGUUCAGUAUAGUCUGGUCUGGUCCAUGGUCUGUAUUAUUUUAUGUUUUGAUCACUUGGUCUGGUCUGGUCUGGUCUAGACCGCGGUUUACCGGACCAAACCGUGGACCCAAUCGACUUGUCAAUACUUGUUAACAGCCCAUUCGACCACUCUCCCAACUCCCACAACGACACCCAAGUCUCAACCUUAAUUUUGUGAAUCUCGUCUCUCCUUCAUUCACAACCACACUUAACCAUAGAGUAAAGAUAAUCAUGUUUCCAUAUGACAUUAUGUUAAUGUUUAUAACGUUAUGGUGCAAGUUGUUAUGCUUUUACUUGAUAUCUUUGUUAUGUACUAAGAUUUAGGGUUUCAAAUUUAUUCAUGCAUGUUAGGAUUAAUGUUUUAAGGCAAAUAAAAAUUAUUUUUCUUG